CUUCCCUCUUCCGUUGCCUAAGGCCGACUCUUCCCCGCUCCUGUCAUCACUCACUCACGGCAGAUGGCACCACCGGUCUAUGCAAGAGGCCGGCUCCGCGUUACUCGGGCCUGUGACAGAUGCAAGAAGAGGAAGAUCCGGUGCAGUGGGGUCCAGCCAUGCGAGAAAUGCAGUAGCUGCAACCAGCCCUGUGCUUACAAUGCUCCAUAUGCCAGGGGCCAGCGUCUUCCACGGGUCCUAAAGGGGCCAGACUUUGACAACCCCCGACACCCGUUUAAUUUGGAUGGCGCCUCCACGGCAGCUGUCAGCCCCCAGAUAUCGACGUUGGAAGGACCUUCUCCUAGUAAUGACACAAUCUCCCCACUUAUCCUCGCCAGGCCCGGUGAGCCAGCUCGGCGGCCCACCUGCUCGCCGGUGGAGCUCACCCUGACCGAUCUUGACGGACACUAUCUUGGUCCGUCCUCUGAAGCUGCAUUCAUGCUCCGAGUGCAGAGGUCGCUCAACCCGUCCGAAUCUUUUUCGCACGUAUCCUUGCCGUUUUCGUUAUCCGAUGAGCAAUUGCCCGUCAUCGAUCCGUCUCUUGACUGUACAGUGCCUGUUGAACUAGCAUCUCAGUUGGCGCAGGCUUUUUUUGAGCAUGCACUACCGAUUGCCCAAUUCUUGCACUGGCCGACGGUUGAGGCAGGGCUCUCCGAACUUCAGUCUCCGUCAUUUUCGCGGCCACAGAAAGCCUUGAUGUACGCCAUGUUUACUGUCGCCGUACCGUACAUGGCUAUACAAAGCAGUACAGCUCAGCGUUACUUUGCCACAUCAGAGAGCCUCCUAAAUGGGCACGACAAGCCCAUCAGCCUGGUCACCAUACAAGCCCGAUUAUGCCAGUGCAUCUGGCUACUCGGCGAGUCUCGUUUUGAUCAAUGCUGGGAUCUUUUCGGGGUAGCUGCUCGGCAUGCACUCGCGAUCGGUCUUCAUCAAGCGUCAUGCGUGCAUCAGGCUUCGACAUUUGACUCGGUCGGUAUCGAAUCCUAUCGCAGGACUUUCUGGACCCUCUAUACUUUAGACAAUCUGUUGAGCAUAGCCCUUGGGAGGCCCAGGGUAUUUAACAAUCUCGAUAUCAAUCAAGAUCUUCCAUCCCUGGGCGAGGAGUCGGACGAUUUCGAGGUGGGGGGCCGGCUUCCUAAUUGUACCGCGCCCCCUGCUGCUACUCUCGCAACCGUCGCAUAUUUCAGGCUAAGUGGGAUAACCGGGAAAGUCCUCCAGAAAUCCUACUCCAGUCACCCACUCUCUCUCACUGAGCAGAUAGACUUUGUGAUGAGCUGUUCAGAGUCCCUGAAGGGCUGGAGAGAGGUCUACUCUAGCAUAAUUAGCCCGGAGAACUCGACUAAUGAACCCCUAUCCCCAGUAGUACAGGUCCAAUCUGAUUUUCUGAACCUUGCCCACUCGCACACUACAGUCCUAGCCAACAGGUUUCUCCUCCUCGAGAAGCUGGCGCCAGACUAUGACACUAGAAACAGCGCCGACGAAAGGAGAAGAAUCGAUACUCUCGUUGGCGAAUGCGUGACAGCCGCAAUGGACAUAGUCAACAUUCUUUCUGAUAUUGAUCGCAUGGAGCGGAUUAUUGGCACACAUUGGUUCACGCCCUUUAUUGCACUGUCCGCUAUGACUGUUCUUUACACCUACUCAGCAAGCCAGGGCUCGGAGACUGAUAAGGAAUACUACCGCUCAGCCGCUGCCCGGUGUCAAGUCCUCCUGUUCGGCCUUGUGAAGGAAGAUUCUUUGGUGACAAAGUAUUCCUUGUUGCUGGAAGACUUGCGGUCCCAGGUCUGACGUAUACUUGACUCGACGCGUGCGAGAAGCCACCUUGGAGUGGGUGUAUCGUCAGGUUGGGCAAGAUGAUUAUUGCUCUUCGAUUGAUACUCUAUGCGCAGAAUACCCAUCCGCCGGCCCAGUGCCAAACCAGGGUUCUGGUGGAUAGAGUCCUUUCCUUGGCUCUAGGCAACGGAUAAUUCAAGGGGGG